CAAGACCAUUUGUCCCAUCGCCAAUGCUGCAAUCCCUUUACAGCUGUAGACGGUCGCUUCUUCGAUCGAUCACUGGAUUUUGUUGAGGGUCCAUUUCCGGUUCAGUGAUGAGUGAGUGCUUGCAACUGGCCACUCUGGGCCGGCCUUUCCAGUUGGGAAUGCUGUACGACUGCCGAUCAGAUGCUCUGAUCCCAGGCGUCACCUUGUGGGACUUGCAGACACUGCAGAGCAACCUUGACUGUCGUGAGCAGCCCUGCACUGAGUUUCACAUCAUUGCAUCAGACUCCAUGGAGAAGAAAGCCAAUGCCCUCGAUGUGUCAGCAUCACUGAAAGUUAGUUUCCUGUGUGGGUUAGUGGAGGUGAAAGGGUCGGCAAAAUAUCUCAGAGACACGAAGGAAUCAAAGCAACAAGCACGAGUUACCCUUCAGUACAAAGCAACAACCAGGUUUGAACAACUGACAAUGAGUCACUUAGGGAGACAGAAUAUUACCUACCCGAGUGUGUUUGAUGAGGGCUCAGCCACCCAUGUCAUUACAGCAGUGCUGUAUGGGGCCCAGGCCUUCUUUGUGUUUGACCAAAUGGCUUCAUCAACAGAGAAGAUACAGGAUAUUCAGGGUAACAUGGAGGCAACAAUUAAAUGUCUCCCUAUGAUUGCGAUUCAGGGCGAGGCCUCCCUAGAAAUGACAGAAGAACACAAGUCUCAUACCGAGAAAUUUAGCUGCACCUUUUACGGGGACUUCUCGUUGAAGAACAAUCCCACCACCUUCAAAGACGCCAUCAAUAUCUAUGCAACACUUCCAAACCUACUGGGCUCAGAUGGAGAGCAUUCAGUGCCCAUCAGAGUCUGGCUCUAUCCUCUCAAUAAACUUGACUCAAAAGCUGCUCAACUGGUGAGGGGGAUCAGCGUGCGACUGGUCAAUUGCUGCCAGGAUGUCCUAGAACAGCUCAAAGAGGCCAUGAUGAGGUGCAAUGACCUGAUGAAAGACAGUGUCGCAGUUCAGUUUCCUGAAAUUAUAGAUAUUAUACUUGAAUUCCAAAAGAUGUGUCUGGAGUACAAAUUAGGUUUCCAGGGGACUUUAUGUAAAGCUUUACCGUCCAUCCGGGGAGGAGGCGAGGAGGAAGUGUUGCUGGUGAACAUACUGAAGAACAGGGAGCAGUCACCAUUCAAACACCAGGCACUGACCACAUGGCUGGAUGACAAGGCACGGGAGAUGAGGGUUGUGGGACGUUACCUCAGAAUAUUGAAAGAUAUACCAGUUGUGAAAUCAGAGAGUGAGUUAGAUGAAAUGUUUAUGGAUUUAGCAACAGUUUACGUGGUCUGCUUUACAUUUACAAAAUUACAUCAUGAGGAUCUCUACCUGUCAGAGGCAAACAACUACCUCCAAUCUCCCACAGCUCAGAAAAUAGAGACACAACCUCCUGUUGAUGGAGCCUGUACAAAACGACAAAGUGACUCCUGGCUUACCUUGCCAUCUGUGUCCCAGCAGAUGAGGAAGACAUCAGAAUCAUUCCUGGAAUUUGCCACCGCCAAUAUAGCAGAUGGGAAAAUAAAAUUUGCUGUUGGAUCUGUGCGGGAUGACAGCAACAUAGGAGCCUCAAUUUACCUGUAUGAUGGAGGACGUCUGGAGAACCAGUGCUUUGUUCCUCCGUCACAGCCCGAGAUACCUACGUCUAGUAGAACAACACAUGACAGUGUGACUCUGCAGUUACAGCCACCAACAUUUGGUGCCGGUGAGAUUGUGGGCUACAAGGUAGAGUACCGAGGUAGCCAGCAGGAGGAAUGGACAAUUCUGGAUACACCUGAUCAAUGCCACUCCUUCACAAUACCUGGGUUAGAGCCACACCAGGAGUAUCACUUCCGAUACAGAGCAGUGACCAAGGUAGGGGUCAGCAAGGUUAGUGAGAGCUACAGGGGCAUCACCCGGCCAGCAAGUCCACCUGGUAAACCAGUCUUCCAGGAUUGUUCACCCAGCGCAGCACUGCACUGGGACAGACCAGGUCAGAUUGGAGCUGAUGUUAAUAUAUUUCGGUACAGCAUUGAAUAUAGAGAAGAACCGUCAGUUAAUUUAACCAUGAAAGGUGGAUUAUGGGAGGAAGUUAAGACAACAGACACACAAUGCCACUAUUGUUUAGAGGGACUGAAACCCAUGACCGUCUACCGAGUCCGAGUGUCUGCUGACUGUGGUGAAACAGGGUCUAGUGAAGUAAGUGAGGAGGUUUCAAUAAAAAUAGGAAACACACCAAUCAGAAUAGCCCGGAAACUUCGCACAGACACUAAAUUAAUAUCCAAAGGAAACCCUUCCAUUUACAAGCUCAAACUACAGGAGGAGAUAGCUGAUAAAGUCAAACAGCUUGUGAAAUGCUCCUUCGGAAAACCCACCUCAAAACACACAAAGACAAUUAUGGUUCUGGGAGCAACUGGCUCAGGAAAGACAACCCUCAUCAAUGGGAUGAUCAACUACAUCUUGGGCGUGGAAUGGGGAGACAAUUUCAGAUACAAGUUAAUAGCGGAGGAAACAGGAAAAUCCCAGGCUGAGAGUCAGACAUCCUCCAUCACUGCCUACCAGCUCCACCAUCAGAAAGGAUUUAACAUCGAUUACUCUCUGACGAUCAUUGACACACCAGGAUUCGGGGACACCAGGGGCAUCAGCCGGGAUCAACUGAUCACUGAGCAAAUCCGUGAAUUCUUCUCUUCCCCACAGGGUGUUGAUCAGAUUGAUGCCGUGUGUUUUGUUGCUCAAGCCUCCCUGGCUCGCCUGACUCACGCACAGAAAUAUGUCUUUGAUUCGAUUCUUGCUAUUUUUGGCAAAGAUAUUGCAGAAAACAUUCAGAUCCUGGUGACGUUCGCAGACGGACAGCCUCCCCCCAUCCUGAGUGCCCUGAAAUUAGCUGAGGUACCGUGUCCCAAAGACAAGUGUACGGGUCUGCCAGUACACUUCAAGUUUAAC